GCGGUGGACGGUGAGUCAGCAUCGUCAGCCCCUCGCCGUCUGGGUGUGGGUCGUCGUUAUGCGGAACUGGCUGUGCACCCCGGGCGAGGUUCUGCUCUGGAGCUUCAUCUCUGUGAUGUCGGCCUCACAGCUCUAGACAGAGAGCUGGAAGAGCAUGACAGUGGCGACCUGGGCCCGACAGGUCCGAGGUCACUGGGGGGCUCAGCACCCGUCAGCAUCCCGGGCUGCCUGCCCCGCUCCCCAUCCCUGCACUCGUCCUCAUCGCUGUCCACCUCCCCGCUCAGCUCGCUCUCCCAGUCCCUGUCGGGGCCACUCGUCUCCUCAGCCAUGACGCCCCCCCAGCAGCCGCCGGCCCUCAGAUCGGAGCCUGGAGCGCUGGGCUCCUCAGCCGCGUCCUAUAGCUCCUUAGGCUUGAACGGCGUCCCCGGGAGCAUCUGGGACUUUGUUUCCGGCAGCUUUUCUCCCAGCCCGUCCCCCAUCCUGAACACCGGCCCUGCCCCGUCCUCAAGUGCGAGUCCGAACAGCACGGAGCUGGCCCGCGUCAGGCGGCAGCUGGACGAGGCCAAGAGGAAGAUCAGGCAGUGGGAGGAGUCCUGGCAGCAGGUGCAGCAGGCCUGUGACGCGUGGCGGCGGGAGGCGAAGGAGGCGAAGGAGCGGGCCCUGGCCGCAGACAGUGCGCGGGACCUGGCGCUGCAGAAGAAGGAGGAGGUGGAGGCCCAGUUCCGGCGGCUCCGGGAAGAGCUGGAGGGCCGGGGGCUGCAGCGCUGUGCUGACCUGGGUGCCGUCCCUCUCCCCAAGCUGCACUCCCUGCAAAGUCAGCUGCGCCUGGACUUGGAAGCCGUGGAUGGGGUGAUCUUCCAGCUGCGAGCGAAGCAGUGCGCUGUGUGCCGGGAGCGGGCCCGCGGCGCCGUCCUCCAGCCUUGCCAGCACCGUGUGCUCUGUGAGCCGUGCGCCGCGGGCGCGCCCCCUUGCCCCUACUGCGAGGGCCAGCCCCUCCCAUGGUGACUGCUCCGGUGCCCCCACCCCGGGCUCCGGCCUGCUUCUCUCGAACCUCACGGGCGCACCUCCAGAGCCCACCCGGCCGGCCCCACGGGCUCGGGAAUGACGCACUGUGACCCCGCCAAGCACUUUGUAAACCGGGGGCGUUAGACAUUCUGAGUUGGUAUAAGCUGCUUUCUAGGUUCGUGUUUUUUUAAUAUGCGAUAAUGCGAAGCUUUGUAUGUGAACUGUGAACUUCCACCAUUUCCUAUCAGUUUAUUAAUUCAUGGUAUGGUAAAAGUCUUAGAUUUCUUAUCCUGAAAUUAGUACUUAUGAAAUGAGCGUUUAUCUAGUAGUGAGAAAUGCCUAGGAUUUUUUAUAGUUUUCAAAUUAAGUGCAAAUAGUAUUUAUAGCAGUGAUACCGAAAGACACAUUUAGAGGUUUUCAAUUUUGUGAAAGGGACUCCUAAUUGCGUACACACGCACAUUAAUUGGAGUUUUAUAUUCCAGGACCAUGCAGUGGCGCUGAGCCCGAUCGUGCUCUGUGACCUGCGGCCGCUUUUCUAAGUGCCUGAGCCUCGCACGAGGGGCGGAGGGCGCCCUUCCCUUGAGUUUGUAUGUUCCUCUGAGGGGAAGUGCGGCCCAGGGCCCCGAUGGCGGAGGCUCUCACAUUAACUUCACAAAGCCGUGCCUGAGCCUCUGUAGCCUCGCGAGCUUGCUGGGAGGGUGUCCUGAGGCCAGAGGCUUGCCCACGGCCGCUCCCUGCAGCUGGAUGGACGCCAGCUUGCAGGGGUGAGGCUUCCAGGCUGCAGGGUAGCCUGGCGAUUACCAGAGCCACCCUGGUGACCCCGGGCUUGCAGAGAGCGCCUGGCCGUGGCAGAAACGCUCCUGAGAACAGGUGUGGUUUUGGUGAGGACUUGAAUCUUCUCUGGCCUGCAUUGGGUCAUUUUUCCUAGAAAUCUGGGGAGAAGCAAAGGAUGUCUGUAGUUGACCCAGACUUUGUUCUCCGUGCGGCAGCCGUAGCUGGCCCUCUGGCCUGGAAGUCUCGGCCCACCCGUGGCUUUGCCAAAGACGUUUAAUAGCAUUUUGUAAAGUGCAAAGUGGCUCGGUAAAAAUUUUUAUCAGUAACCAAAUAUUUACUAUAGUAAGAGGUUGAAAACCUUUUUUAACGUAAGACACACCGAUAGCUGUUUAAAGGUGGAUCCAUGACGUUCUGCAGCUAGUCCAUUACUAAAGGUGACUAUUGAGUUGGUUUUAGUGAAUCUACUUUGUUUUUAAUGAUAGUGAUGAUUAGCUCUUAGAAAUGACAUAUUUUGUGCUACUGUUACCACCGUUUAAAAUUAUUUUUAUUAAUAUUUAUGCACUUGUUUCCCAUUUCAGGCCUAUGGUCUUCUUUGGGAAACAGGACAAUGUUUAUUACCAAUAAGUAGCCUAGGCGUUUUCAAAUUAUAAACAAUUAAGGACAGUUAAGCUUGAGGUCUAUGUAUAAGCUACUCUGGUCGGUUCUUGUUGUGCAGUGAGAGACUGGAGCUGUGGCGCCAUGGGGACGACCUCCCCUCCCCCCGCACCGGUACGUGCGCUGAGGCCAAGUGUGCUGCGAGGACCCCCAAGAAUCUCGCAAGUGGAACUCUUAGGGCCCCCAGGGGACUGCUCGUUGGGUCCUCCCCACCUGUGUCUUGGUGGCCUAGGCCCUCCGAGGGAGCCUUCCCUGCCCCGCAGGCAUCCCGGGGCCUCGCCGUCCUCGGUUCGGCUGUCGUUCUGCCUCUUGGCUCUCGUGGUCUCGGUCCAGCCUCCGCUGUUUGUGUAACUGGGGUCGCAGGAGACCUCGGCUCAGUGUGGAUGCUUCAUGUGGAUUAAUUUAUGGAAGCCUCGAUCUAGGUUUGUUCUGAGUAUUUAGAUGAGAAUGUUACUGGAAUGGAACUUUCUUAACCCAGAAGGUAGUAUUUAUAAUGCGUAAUCAUUUACUUGUAAUGAAUUGUUUCAAGUUAACACUUGUUUAAAUUUUUUUACACUACAGCAUUUAUGCAAUGGUUUACAGAAUUCAUGGAAUUAUUUUUAUCAGUACAGGAAUUAAAACUUUGCA